GACCGAGGUAGAGAAGGGUGAGGGGGCGGCCGAAGUGGAGAGGGGUCAGCAGCAGCCAGAGCAUGCUUUCCACGCAACAGUUCCCUGCCCUGCCCGCGGCGGAGGAGCGCUACCGGCAGGUCCUCUCCGCCAGCCGGGUCUUAGGAACAGAUGAGGAUAAUAUGGGGGACGGCUGCUCUCAGAAACUGGCUUCUGCCAAGUUCCUUCGACUUUUGCUCCUGAUACUGAUUCCAUGCAUCUGUGCCCUCAUCCUUUUGCUGGUGAUCCUUCUUAGCUUUGUAGGAGUGUUAGAAAAAACAUGCUUUUAUUCAAACGGAAGUGAGGGCCUCACAGUUAACGGUGACUUUGAAACGUCUCGUGAUCUUUUGCCAAAUAUGGUUGAAAACAGUUCCAAGACUGAUCGCACAGUGGAUCUCAGCACACAGCCCUCUUCUCGGACCACCACGCCUUUAUCCCACAUUGACCAAAUGAACAAGAACUCGAAUAUAUUUAGAGAAUCUUUCCAGGAAAAUUCCUUUGGUCCCCCAACUCAAGCCACACUGUUCAGUCAUCAGCCUGCCUCUGACUCUGCUUUGGCAGAGGGCUCCGAAGACAACACCCGGCUGUUUGCCACUACAGAGGAGACGAUGUUGUGGUCUACAGAUGCUUCUUUUAACAACACAGAGAGGAUGACCACUCUGCCAGUAUUAAGUCCUACCCGUCCAUCUGUGUCACAAAAAAUGGAUCAGAAAAAAAGUGCCUGCAGAACUAUCACCAACAGCCAGUGCCAAAUACUUCCAUAUAACUACACCACUGUAACUUCAGUUCUUUCCAUUGUCAAAAGCAUUGAAAUGGAGAAGUUCCUGAAGUUCUUCAGUUACCUCAAUCGUCUCAACUGCUAUCAACACAUCAUGCUGUUUGGCUGUAGUCUCGCUCUUCCUGAAUGCAUCAGUGACAGUGAUGACAGUCGAGGCCUCUUGCCCUGCAGGACAUUUUGUGAGGCAGCAAAAGAAGGCUGUGAACCAGUCCUGGGUAUGGUAAAUGCUUCUUGGCCAGACUUCUUGAAGUGCUCUCAAUUCCAAAACAAAACUGAGAAUGACACCACUACAAGGGUAUGCUUCUCACCACACCAAGAAAAAGGAAAGCAGUCACUGUGUGGAGGAGAGGAGAGUUUUUUGUGUGCCAGUGGGAUCUGCAUCCCAGGGAAACUGCAGUGUAAUGGCUACAAUGACUGUGAUGAUUGGAGUGAUGAGGUCCAUUGUAACUGCAGUAAUGAUGUAUUUCGUUGCAACACGGGAAAAUGCCUCAAUUAUACCUUUGUUUGUGAUGGAUAUGAUGACUGUGGAGACCUUAGUGAUGAACAAAAUUGUGAUUGUAAUCCAGUGACACAUCACCAGUGUGGAGAGGGGAGAUGUAUAACAGCUGAUUGGGUAUGUGAUGGUGACCAUGACUGUAUAGACAAAUCAGAUGAGAUCAAUUGCUCAUGUCACAGUCAGGGUCUGGUGGAGUGCAGAAAUGGGCAGUGCAUUCCUAGUGCAUUCCAAUGUGACGGAGAUAAUGAUUGUAAAGAUGGAAGUGAUGAAGAAAACUGCAGUGACAAUCAAACCCUCUGUCAGGACGGAGACCAGAGAUGCUCUUUCUGCCCUGAUCCCUGUGGAGCUUCUCCCUGUGAGAUAAGAAACAGCCAGGCAAACUGCAGUCUGUGUGAACCAAUUACUCUGGAACUUUGUAUGAACUUGCCUUACAACUAUACUUAUUACCCAAACUACCUGGGCCACAGGACACAGAAGGAAGCCUCUAUCAGCUGGGAGUCUUCCCUUUUCCCAGCUUUGGUUCAGACCAACUGCUACAAGUACCUGAUGUUUUUUGCCUGUACAAUCUUAGUACCAAAAUGUGACCCCCAUACAAAUCAGCGGAUCCCACCUUGCAGGACAUUAUGUGUACAGUCUAAGGAACGCUGUGAGGCUGUGCUUGGGAUUGUAGGUCUGCAGUGGCCAGAAGAUACAGACUGCACUCAGUUUCCAGAUGAGAACUUGGACAAUCAAACUUGUCUAACACCAGAUGAAGAUGUAGAAGAAUGCUCGCCCAGUCACUUCAAGUGCCGUUCUGGGAGGUGUGUCCUGGCGUCCAGGAGAUGUGAUGGUCAAGCUGACUGUGAGGAUGACAGUGAUGAGGAUGGCUGUGGUUGUAGAGAAAGGGGUCUUUGGGAGUGUCCUUUGAAGAAACUGUGCAUCAAACACACUAUGAUCUGUGAUGGUUUCCCAGACUGCCCUGACAUGAUGGAUGAAAAGAAUUGCUCGUUUUGUGAGGAGAGUGAGCUUGAAUGCGCCAACCAUGAAUGUGUGCCACGUGAACUCUGGUGUGAUGGGCAGGCAGACUGUAGUGACAGUUCAGAUGAAUGGGACUGUGUUACACUGUCUAAAAACACAAAUUCCUUGAUGCUCCUGACCGUUCACAGAUCAGCUGCUGCUAACCAUGUUUGUGCUGAUGAGUGGCAAGAAAACUUAAGCCAACUGGCCUGCAAUCAGAUGGGUUUAGGAGGACCAUCCAAAACAGAAAUUGUAAUAGACAAUGACCAAAUGCAGGACCAAAAAUGGCUGAAUCUGCACUCAGACUGGAAGAAUAAAAAUGCAUCCACUUUACAUGCACUUCUAGUGAAUGGGCAGACGUGUCAAAGCAGAAGCAAAGUUGCUCUCUUUUGCACUAAAGAAGACUGCGGCCGCCGCCCCGCUGCCCGCAUGAGCAAGAGGAUCCUCGGCGGCAGGACCAGCCGGCCGGGCCGCUGGCCCUGGCAGUGCUCCCUGCAGAGCGAGCCCAGCGGACACAUCUGCGGCUGCGUUCUCAUUGCCAAGAGAUGGGUCCUGACAGUAGCGCACUGCUUUGAAGGGAGAGAAAAUGCAGCUGUUUGGAAAGUAGUGCUUGGGAUUAGCAAUCUUGAUCAUCCAUCAAGUUUCAUGCAGACCCGACUGGUGAGGACCAUCAUCCUCCACCCACGCUACAACAGAGCAGUUGUAGACUAUGAUAUCAGCAUUGUGGAACUAGAUGAGGAUAUCAACGAGACAAGCUAUGUGAGACCUGUCUGCCUGCCCAGCAAAGACCAGUUGGUUCAGCCAGACACCUACUGCUACAUCACAGGCUGGGGACAUAUGGGCAACAAAAUGCCCUUCAAGCUUCAAGAAGGAGAGGUUCGCAUAAUUUCCUUAGAACAAUGCCAGUCAUAUUUUGACAUGAAAAUCAUCACCAGCAGGAUGCUGUGUGCUGGCUAUGAAUCUGGCACCGUGGACUCUUGCAUGGGUGACAGUGGAGGACCACUUGUGUGUGAGCAUACUGCAGGGCGCUGGACCUUGUUUGGUUUAACAUCUUGGGGCUCAGUCUGCUUUUCCAAGGUUUUGGGACCUGGAGUUUACAGUAACGUGUCACAUUUUAUUGAGUGGAUUGAAAGACAAAUAUACAUCCACACCUUUCUGCUAAACUAACUCCAGAUGGUAAGAAUUGUGCUGACAGACUAAAGAAAAAAGGAAUACGCCCUUCAACGCUGAAGGUUUUGCAGUCCAGAAACUCUGUGAAAAGCAGUUUCAAGCUCUAUCUAUUCAUGGUGUGGAGCUAUGGAAUAUGCAGUGUAUGUUACUGGUAAAUCCUCUUCUCAUGAAUAUACUUUGGUAGAAUUAAUAAUCCUUUUGACUUUUCUUUUAACUGUGUUGUGGUGCUAUUCCAAACACUGCAAAAAGCUUAAAAGAAAAGAAUCAACCACCUUCUGCCUUUCAGCUAUUAAAACUAAGCAGUAGCACAGACUAGAAAAACUUUUUAAAAUAACCUAUUUUAAUACAAUUAAAUUAGUAGCACAUGCAUUUUCACUCCUUCCAAUGAGGAAGGAAACUUUGUGCAUUCAUAUGACACUACAGGACAUACAUUCAAAAGGACAACUCUUGACAGGGCCAUACCACAUGCUGGAGGGUGUGGGUUUGUACAUCCAUGUGGCACAGGACACAUCAAAGCACAUGUGCAGGUCUCCAAAGGUGUUACCAUAUGCUCCUGUCAUGCCUGAGCUAAUGCCUUUUGUCCCUCAGACUGGUUAAUUUGAAUGGGCAUAACCCUGUACUGUCCUGAUUCCACGGCUUCUGUUCCCAGAGCCAGAACCAGUAGGUCAAAAGACCCAACCAACCAGUGGAGGCACUGGAGACCAAAGCUUUUACUGUUCACUCUUUGGACAGCCUCUAGCACUUAACCUUCUGAAACUUCCAAUGCCCUGAUGCAUUUAUCAAACCUGCGCCCCAGUGGCUUUCCUCCCCGCUUCGUAUAAUGUGUUCAGCAUACUGAUGCACUGACCAUCUCCAGCCCUCUGAAAAUGUAAGAGGGUUGGCUAUACCACUGCAAUGAUUUCCCCUCCUAGAGUCAGCUAGUUUGGACAGCUUGUGAGAGACAGAAAAUGCAGAUUUAAAAUGAAAAAGAUGCAGAGUGGGCACUGUCUCAAAUAUCGGGGAACUGGUUAAUUGUUAUAGGUCUCUUCUUGUACCUUGCAUUUAAAGUUUAAUUUUGACUAGCAAGAUAAAAUGGGAAAAAGAAAAAAAGCAGAAAGAAAAUGAGUGAUAGAAGGCUUGGGAUUCCAGCUUCUGUUCAAAUGAGUUUUAGAAACGGAAGAAGCAAAGUACAACAGCUUCACCAGCAAAGGCUGAAGGAGCUCAGCUCAGGUGCGUGGUAGCCAGAUGUGGAGUGCUUUGUGCAGUAGUAAGACAAUAUGCCUUAAGUCCAAGAGAAUCUGGUUGGAAAAGAUUAUGAUAAAAAACAGGAGCUUGGCAUCUUUUUAUGGUGGCUAGAGGGAAAGUGUGUCCUAUGAACUGUUGUAGAUGAUGUCCUACAUAGCUAUCAGCUUUUAGGAGGCCAGAACAGGACGAGUCAGGAAUCUGAGGAUUACAGGAAAAAUUCCACUGGGAACAAUGCAUUUAAAAUUUGUGUUUUCAAUGCUGUGCAUAGGCUCCUGUGAAUGCAUCAUAACCCUCUCUGCUACCUCUGGCAUGGCCCCAUGACAGCAUGGCAGGGCCAUGUCAAUAGCAUGACUGCCACAUGUGGAAACGUGCAUUAAAAGACCUAACACAUGGACAUUUCAGGUACUACUAAUCAUGUUGCAACUCAUCUACAUAGACCUAUUGCUUUCAUGAAGGUUUAUCUCUUAUCUCUGUAUCUUCUCCUUAAGUAUCGCUAACAUUAGAACAUUAGUCACACUAGACUGCACUGUAGACAUGAAUAUUAAUAAAUAUUCAAUAUGUACGUUACAGAUUCUGAAACUAUUUAAGUGAUUAUUGAAUCACUGUUUCAUGCUCAGAAAAAAGCUCUUUGAGGCUUUGCUAGGUUUGAUUGUUGGUUUUUUUUUUACUUUUAGUAUCUUAAGGGUAUGACACUUAAAUACUCUUCCCCCAGCUAUAAAUGAGAGAAAGCAGCUCUACCAGUGUUUAUCUAGUCCAAGUAGAUUACAGCUGAAGCAGGUUAUUGAUGCCCUUGCCUUAAGGAUAUGGAGGCUGGAGCUCUCAGUCCUCAGCCUCUCACUCCCAGCUUUCCUCUGGGGCUGGGAUCUCUGCAGCUGUAGGGCAGAAAAGCUCAGAGUACUAGAGCUGGUUAUCAAGAGCACCCUGAGGAGGUGGUCCAGCAGUUGUUAAGCCAGCUGGCUGGUGUCAGACAGGUUCUGGCCAGGUCUGUUUUCCGAAGAGGUGCUGCUGCAGAAUGAAUAACCCAGCCUGGCUUGUCUCCACUAGAUACUGUGGUUAGCAGCUUUGAAUUUUGUAAAGCACCAAAGCACGUAAAAUCAUUCAUGUAGAUAUUAGCAUUACCAAAUGAUAACAUCUAACUACACAUUUUAAUUAACUAAUUAAUUUAAUUAGGCAUUUGGCCUACCACCAGCUUCCAAGCAGUCCCUCCCAGGAAAUGAGGAAGAGUGUUUCUUAAACAUAAGGUCCAGCCCCAUCCUAUAUGACAUAAGUCCGAAGAAAUUCCAGGCUGAACCCCAUCCCAGAUGGCUUUAGGAGGGAGCACUUGGGUCUUACCCUUUCCCACAACUGUGUCUGACACAACAUUCCAUGUAAAGAGGAAAUUUGUAAUUUUAUAAAUGUAUUUUUAUACUGUUUUUUUAUGUAUGCACAGGAAAUAGGCAAACAUGUUCCUCCUUCCACUGUAUCAAGCUUUUUCCUGUGUGCUGAUAUAAUGGCUAUGAUCACAGUUAUGCUGUUUGUCUCACAGGUGUAGUGUCACUGUAAGGUAACAUUUGUUGGUUUUGCUUCUACCACAGCUGUAUCUCCAAAUGUAAGCAAUGCCACUCA